AUGGAAACCCCGAUUGCCUUGGUGAUCUCAAAUGCAGAACAAAAAGCAGCCGAUCUCGAGGCUGGUUCCAAUGCCCCGACCAUCACCACUGAUGAGAAUAUUGUCGACUGGGAAGGCCCGGAAGACCCUCAAAACCCGCUGAACUGGUCGGCAAGAUUGCGGUACGGACAUGUGGUCAUUGUAUCUCUGCUCUCCCUCGUCGUCAACCUUGCCGCCACGAUGAUAGCGCCCGGCAUGGAAUACGUCGUACGAGACAUCCACAUCACCAGCCAAACCAUCGGCACACUAUCCGUCACGAUAUACCUUCUGGGCUUCGCCUUGGGCCCCCUCAUCAUCUCUUCCGCUUCCGAGAUGCACGGCCGCCUCAUCGUAUAUCAUAUCUGCAACGUCCUGUUCAUUGCCUUCAUUAUCGGUACAGCUUUGAGCAAGACGGUGCCUCAACUUCUCAUCUUCCGCGUUCUUUCUGGCAUUGCAGGCUCUGCUCCAAUGACCAUUGGAGGCGGUACGAUCGCGGACGUGAUUCCCUCAGAGCACCGUGGUCCUGCUGGAGCGCUGUUCGCUCUUGGACCCCUGAUGGGACCGGUCCUCGGUCCAGUCAUAGGAGGCUUCCUGUCAACUCGCGAGGGUUGGCGCUGGACGUUUUGGCUCAUGGCCAUCAUGAGCAGCCUCAUUUCACUCGUAGCUCUGGCAUUCCUCCGAGAGACCCAUCCCAACAUCCUGCUUUCCCGCAAAGCCGACCGUCUCCGCCGCGAGACGGGCAACCAGGAGCUGCGCUCGAAGCUGGACCGCCGCCUCACCUCAUCCCAAAUCCUGAUCGGCGCCUUUGUCCGAACUGGAAAACUCUUGAUCUUCUCUCCUAUAGUCCUCAUUAUGUCCCUCUACGUCGGUCUCGUCUUCGGCCUGCUGUACCUCCUCUUCACCACCAUCACCCCAAUCUUCCAGGGGGUCUACGGUUUCAAAGCCGAACUCGUCGGUCUGGCCUACUUGGGCAUCGGCAUUGGCGAGUUGACAAGUCUCAUCGUCUUUGGCACACUGAGUGACCGAGUAUCGGCAUGGCGCACAAAGUCAGAGGGGCGGUCCGUUCCCGAACAUCGGCUCAUUUUGAUGAUUUGGUUCGCUCCCGUCAUGACCAUCGGGUUCUUCAUCUAUGGCUGGACCGCGCAUUAUCAGGUGCACUGGAUCGCUCCCAUCAUCGGCACCUUCUUCAUCGGUUUUGGAGCAUUCUUCGUCAUUCUACCUGCGCAAAUCUACCUGGUCGACGUAUUCGGCUCUGAGGCUGCCGCGUCAGCCCUCGGCGCAAACAUCCUCUUGCGCUGCCUAUUCGGUGCUUUCCUUCCUCUGGCAGGCACAAAGAUGUAUGAGACGCUCAACUACGGUUGGGGCAACACUCUCCUUGGCUUCUUGUCCCUGGCUUUCGUACCCGCCCCGAUGUUCUUCUACAAGUAUGGAGGUUGGCUUCGCAGCAAGACAGCCACGAGUUUGUCUUAG